CAAAUGAUCACUUCGCUAAGACUGUCAUUUCCAGAAUGAUUUCCAAGGAUCCGGCACAAAGAAUCACCUUGGCGGAAGUAAUUGCUGGAUUGAAGCCAAAGCCAAUUCCGCCGGCAGUCGUGGUUCCACCCACUCCACGGUACGUAACCGCGGCGGACAUUACUCCAAUUUCGGGACUGGAAGAGGGAGUGAAUUCCGGGACGAUUCGUGCCAGAGUUGUUUCACAGCCAAUAGUCGAUCUUUGGCAAAGAAAUAUUGGAUUUAACAUGAAGUUUUUCACUGUGCAUCUCCGGGAUGACACUGGUGAAAUUGAAGCCAAGGCUUUUGCAGAUAAUUUCCAAAGGUUCCAUGAACUCUUUCAAGUCGGCAGAGAAUACGCCAUCAAGAGAGCAACAUUGAAGAUAAAUCGUUACGGAAGGAAAGAAUUAUCUCUGGUGAAGGCGACCACUGUACAACGUGUAUAGUAGUCCUUUCGUGAAUAACAAAAUUAUCGUUGUUUUUUAACAAGUGUGAAUCCAGAAUACUUCCUCUAGUGAAUAGUGAGAUUCUAGAUUUAAUUUUCACAGAGGAACUUAAGUUGAGGGAUAGAAUUGUACUUGUCAUUAUGAAAACCAGCUCUACUGGUGCUUACAUUUAUCUUAUCUUUCUUGAAAGCAAAUUUGGCUUUUUAUUAAAUUGCGUACAAAGAAUUGAUUAGUAAUCGAUUA